CGGCGGCGGCGAGACCUUAAUUAAUCCCUCUAGCUUGUUUUCCUAAUCCCACAAGAACCGGAACUCUGAACGUAAAUAAAUUCCCCCACCAGCUUGAGCUAACUUGCGUCUAAACAACUAGUUCAGGGCAGAAGAGUAGACGAAGAAGACCCAGCCGACAGACUCAGUGAGUUACCAGACAAUGUUAUUUUGCACAUCAUGUCAUCGCUUCCGAUGAAAGAAGCAGUUCGAACAUGCCUUCUGUCAACCAGAUUGAAGGAUCUUUUUACUUCCAUAUCCAAUAUUGAGCUUGAUGGAGUUCUAAGGAAUAAGGCUUUACGUAAUAGAUUCAUGAAAUUUUCGGAUGGAUUUCUGUCCUUGCGUAAGGAUAUCAGUGUGGAUAGAUUUCGCCUCGGCUGUGGACCCGGAAUUGAUCAUCGCAAGAUCAAUGAAUGGAUACUGUACGCAGUAAGGCAUGGCGUUAGAGAACUUGAUUUGAUCUUUCAAAGUAGAUCCUUCGAAACAAGACACUUCACUGAGCUGGAAUUCGCGGUUUUCACUUGUAAAACACUGCUCACAUUGAGAUUAUUCAACCUUCCAAGUCUCGUCCUGACUAUUCCCACCCAUUGUUGUUUGCCGAAACUCAAAGUUCUCCAUCUUAAUUUUCUGAAAUUCUCUGAUGAUGAAUCCAUUAGAAGGCUACUUUCGGGCUGCAAUUCGCUGGAGGAAUUGCUUGUUCAAUCAUGUGAACUCAGCAACCUCAACAAACUCAAUGUUUGCCAUCGUACCCUUAAGAGGCUAACCAUAAGUGGUGGUGAUCUUGCCCCUAGUUGUGAACUGGAGAUUAACACCCCGAAUCUGGUCUGCUUUGAUUUCGGCUACAUCUACUGUGAAGAAACAAGACUCUCACUCAGAAACCUAAACUCUCUUUCAGAAGCACGCAUUUGUAUUGGAUUUAUAGUCAACAGGUCUUCAAACUACUGCAAUGACACUGCUUCGGUGUUUGAUUUGAUGAGAGCACUCAGUUGUGUUCAAUCAUUUCAUUUAACCGGUAUUUGCUCAGAGAUUCAAGCUAUGCUAAUGAGGCCCAGUCUGAUUCCUGAAUUUCCAAACCUGACUUCUUUGAAGAUGGGUGCCUGCUAUGCUUGUUAGAUGUCCAUGUCUUGAAACCCUUGCUUUUGAAUUGGAAGACUUUGGUCCCCGAGAGUGGCGUACACCGAAGAAAGAUCCCUCUUGUUUACAGAAUCAUAUCAAGGCAAUCAAGAUUUUUGCAUUGAAAAGAAAGCAUGUAGAGUUUCAAUUGAUCGGGUAUCUUUUGAAGAAGGCAGGGGUUUUAGAGAGUUUGACGGUAGAGAUCAAAAGCGUGACAAAGAGAGAGCAGAGAAUGAUGAGUAAAAAUAUAUGUGCACUGCCAAAAGCUUCAAAGAAAUGCCAUAUACUUAUUAUCUAAGUUGACAUAGUAACUAUACUUGUUGAUUAAUAUAUUUAAAUUUCAACUGUAUUGUAGAAAAGGCUGAUAUUAGAGGUCACUGAUGCUGCCUGCUCAUUGACAAAUGUAUACGAAAUUUCUCUGUACCAGUUUUGAUUUUUGAAGAAAUAAAAUCCUGUUUGAAGGCACUUGAAAAUCA